UCAUAUGUCAGGUAACCCCAAUUUAUUUGCUACUUUUUCACCAUCUACAUCUUUACCUGAUGUUACAAUAGCGGAUGGCACCGCUUCUCCUGUUCUUGGCUCUGGCACAGUUCAUCUCUCCAAAACUCUUUCAUUGACCUCUGUUUUAAAUUUGCCACAAUUUUCUUUUAAUUUGAUCUCUGCCAGUAAACUUACUCAUGAUCUCAAUUGUUGUGUCUUAUUCUUUCCUGGUUAUUGCUUAUUUCAGGAUCUUACAACGAAGAAGACUAUUGGUAAAGGGCGUGAAUCUAAUGGCCUCUACACGUAUGAUACACAAAUACCUACGGCCACUGUUUGCACUCGAGUGCCAACUCCUUUCGAAGAACAUUGUAGUUUGGGUCAUCCAUCUCUCUCCGUGUUAAAGAGUCUUCGUCCUCAAUUUCACAGUUUGCAUUCUUUAGAUUGUGAGUCAUGUCAAUUUGCUAAGUUUCAUCGUCUCAGUUCCUAUCCUAGAGUCAAUACAUGAGCUAAUGCUCUUUUUGAAUUAGUUCAUUCUGAUGUUUGGGGUCCUUGUCCUAUUGAGUCCAAAAAUGGAUUUCGGUAUUUUGUUACUUUUGUUGAUGAUUUCUCUCGUGUAACUUGGUUAUAUUUGAUGAAACAUCAUUCUGAGUUACUUUCUCAUUUUCGUAACUUUCAUGCUGAAAUUCGAACUCAAUUUGGUGGCUCUCUUAAAGUUCUACGGAGUGAUAAUGCUAAGGAAUAUUUUUCUAGUGCUCUUGGCUCCUAUUUAAGUGAACAUGGUAUUAUUCAUCAAUCAUCUUGUGUUGAUACUCCGUCUCAAAAUGGAGUUGCAGAAAGGAAAAAUAGACAUCUUCUCGAAACAACAAGAGCCUUAAUGUUUCAAAUGCAUGUUCCAAAAUACUUUUGGGCUGAUGCUGUUUCGACGGCUUGCUUCUUGAUUAAUCGCAUGCCUUCGUCAGUUCUUAAGGGUGGAAUACCUUAUCGUACUUUGUGUCCUACGCAACCUUUAUUUCCUAUUAAACCUAAAAUAUUUGGUUGCACUUGUUUCAUUCGGGAUGUUCGCCUCCAGCUCACCAAAUUAGACCCUAAGUCAUUGAAAUGCAUUUUCCUUGGUUACUCUCGUGUUCAAAAAGGGUAUCGAUGUUAUUGUCCUGAUCUCAAUAGUAUCUUGUCUCUCCUGACGUCACGUUCUUUGAAAAUACUCCUUUUUCAUCGUCCUUGAGUACCAGUCAGGGAGAGCAGUCACAGGAAGAUGAUACCUUUCUUGUCUAUUCUAUUGUCUCUACUUCUACUGAAGAACUUCUUAGCAAUACAUCUCCCUCUGCGCCUGAUCCUUCUCUCCCCACUAUUACUCAAGUUUAUUCUCGUCGGCAACCUCCUACAGAUUCAUGCCCUAUACCAACAGCUUCUUUGUCUGUGGAUCCAGGAACGAGUGAUGACCUUCCUAUUGCCCUUCGAAAAGGUAAGCGUAAGUGUACUUAUCCUGUUUCUUCUUUUGUUUCAUAUAACCAUUUAUCAUCAUCUACUUGUUCGUUUAUUUCAUCCCUUGAAUCUGUAUCUAUUCCUAAAACUGUUCAUGAAGCUUUGUCUCAUCCUAGUUGGCGGGCUGCUAUGUUGGAGGAGAUGACUGCCUUAGAUGACAAUGGUACUUGGGAUUUAGUGUCUCUUCCUGCCGGAAAGAAACCUAUCGAUUGUAAAUGGGUGUUUGUUGUUAAAGUUCGUCCGGAUGGAUCAAUUGCCCGUUUGAAAGCUCACCUUGUUGCUAAAGGAUAUGCGCAGACUUACGAAAUUGAUUAUUCUGAUACUUUUUCUCCGGUUGCUAAAUUGGCUUCUGUCAGGUUAUUCAUUUAUUGGCAUCUAUUCACCAUUGGCCCUUGCAUCAGCUUGAUAUUAAAAAUGCAUUCCUCCAUGGUAAUCUUCAAGAAGAAGUUUAUAUAGAGCAACCACCAGGUUUUGUUGCUCAGGGGGAGAAUGGAAAGGUAUGUCGCCUUCGUAAAUCCUUAUAUGGGUUGAAACAAAGUCUGCGAGCAUGGUUUGGAAAAUUCAGUCAGGUGAUUGAGAAUUUUGGAAUGAAGAAGAGUAAGUCAAAUCAUUCUGUUUUUUAUAAAAAAUCUGAGUCUGGUGUUAUCUUACUAGUUGUGUAUGUUGAUGAUAUUGUAAUUACUGGUAAUGAUUCAUCCGGCAUCCUAUCACUGAAGUCUUUUCUUCAUAGUCAAUUUCAUACUAAAGAUUUGGGAAUGUUGAAAUAUUUCUUAGGAAUUGAAGUAACAAGGAACAAGAAGGGGAUCUUUUUGUCACAAAGAAAGUAUGUACUUGACUUGUUAACUGAAACAGGAAAGUUAGCUGCUAAGCCGCGUAGUACCCCAAUGAUACCUAAUUUACAACUUACAAUGGAAGGGGAGUUGUUGAAAGAUCUUGAGAAGUAUAGGAGAUUAGUAGGGAAGCUGAAUUAUCUUACGGUUACAAGGCCAGACAUAGCUUAUCCAGUCAGUAUUAUGAGUCAGUUUAUGAGUUCUCCUACAACUGACCAUUGGAUCGCAUUGGAACAUAUUCUAUGUUAUUUGAAAGAUGCUCCUGGACGUGGCUUGUUAUAUAAAGAUCAUGGUCAUCUUAAUAUUGAAUGUUUUUCAGAUGCUGAUUGGGCAGGUUCUAAGGAAAAUAGAAGAUCAACCUCAGGAUAUUGUGUAUUUGUCGGAGGUAAUUUAGUUUCUUGGAAAAGUAAGAAACAAAACGUGGUGUCGCGUUCGAGUGCUGAAUCAGAAUAUAGAGCUAUGGCACAGUCGGUGUGUGAAUUAGUAUGGAUACAUCAGCUUCUGACUGAAUUGGGAUUUGGCAUCACCACUCCAAUAAAACUUUGGUGUGAUAAUCAAGCAGCUCUUCAUAUUGCAUCUAAUCUAGUAUUUCAUGAACGAACCAAACACAUUGAAGUUGAUUGUCAUUAUGUAUGUGAGAAAAUACUGCAAGGAUUGGUGGUUACAGGGUAUGUGAAGACUGGAGAUCAGCUAGGAGAUAUCUUUACUAAAGCAUUGAAUGGAGUACGAAUAGAUUAUUUGUCUAACAAGUUGGGCAUGAUUAAUAUAUAUGCACCAACUUGAGGGGGAGU